AUAGCCAACUAUUACAAUUUUGUUUAUUUGCUCAAAGUCAAUACAACAGUCAACAUCUGCGUAGCGAUAUAGAUUGGAUGAUUGUUGUGAUAUCUUCAAAUUUGCUUAUCCUUUGUGAGUGAGAAGAGAUCAGAAAAAUGGCUUACAAUCUUCAACCCCUCAUCACCAUCCUACAACAAAUCUUGAAUCCUGAACAAUCACGCUGGAUUGUUGAUCACAACAAACCACAACUCGAAUCCCUCCUCCAAAAAGCUGCUUCUCUGCAGCAGAUUCUUGAAAAAUCUUCACCCUCCAAAAUCAUAGAGAAUUUGGAAAGUCAAAUCCAAGAAGCAGCACAUAGAGCUGAAGAUAUCAUUGAACCUCAGAUGGUUGCUCAAAUGCUUUCCAGCCCUGAAGGCGUGAGCUUUACUUUUUCAACGCCAGAUCUACAACAAGAAAUUCAACAACUUGAUUCUGUAAUGGAACAAGUGGUGAAGCUCGUGGAGGGGAAGACGAUGCCGAGUGGCAGUUCAUUGAGCGGUGCUUCUCUGUUGCCAGAUCCGAGCUCGAAGAGCGUCGUGGUGGGAGUUGAUGAAGCUUUGUUCCAGUUGAAGGAUCGGCUGACCGGGAUGCAGAGCAAGCUGGAGAUCCUGCCCAUCGUGGGUAUGGGUGGUAUAGGUAAAACCACUCUUGCUCGAACACUUUAUCAAGAUCCACUCAUUCUUGACCACUUUAGCUAUCUUGCUUGGACCACAAUCUCACAAGAUUACAAUAUGCUGUCAAUUCUAUUAAGCCUUCUUCGUUGCAUAACUGGAUCAGACUAUAAACAUAAGGGAGAUGGUGAGUUAAAAGAUAUCUUGUAUAAGAGCUUGUACGGUAGAAGAUAUAUGAUUGUAUUAGAUGAUAUUUGGAGCACCAAAUUCUGGGAUGAGAUAAGGAUGUACUUCCCGGACAACAAUAACGGGAGUCGGAUUGUGAUCACCACUAGGGAAUCGGAUGUCGCCAAAUAUGCAGACUCCAAUAGUUUGCAUCAUAAGGUGAAGUUGCUGAGCGAGUCUCAAAGUUGGGAUCUUCUUAGCCAAAUUGUGUUUGGAGAAGAGGAUUGCCCUCAUGAGUUACAAGGGAUAGGGAAGAAGAUUGUGAGUGAUUGCGGUGGGCUUCCUCUGGCUAUCAAUGUGAUUGGAGGGCUGUUGUCAAAGGUGGAAAGAUUGAAAGGUGUUUGGGAGAAUAUUGGGAACGACGUAAGAGCUGCAAUUGCUGAAUCGGACAAGCAGUUCUUCAAUAUACUAUCCUUAAGUUAUAACCAUCUGCCGCUUCACUUGAAACCAUGUUUCCUCUAUAUGGCAGCAUUCCCCGAAGAUUAUGAGAUGAAUGCCUCAAGGCUCAUACAGAUGUGGGUAGCAGAAGGAUUUGUGAAAUCGAAUGGAGAUAAAAGUUUGGAGGAAGAGGCAAAGGUUUAUUUAAAGUCACUUGUAGAAAGGAAUCUAGUUUCGGUUAUUACAAGUUAUGAUUUUGAUGGAAAAGAAACAAAGAGGUACAACAUGCAUGAUCUUUUGAGAGAUUUAUGCAUUAGGAAAGCUGAUGAUGACAAGUUUCUACGUGUCAAGAAUUCCACAUUCUGUAACCAGCUGCGUCGUGUGAGUAUUCACACAUCAUAUGGAAUGGAAGAUAUUGAUGAGUAUGCUUCUUCAUCAGAGAUGUCACUUGUUCGAUCAUUUCUACUCUUGAUCGAGUUGGAUAGGAAUGUACUUCCCAUGGUUUUCACAUUAAGAUUGCUUAGGGUGUUGGAUUUAUUUGAAAUGAAUAAGUAUCACUAUAAUAUUGGGAUUGAGAUUGAGUUCCCGGAAGAAAUAUUACAACUUGUGAACUUACGCUACUUAUCUAUCAAUUGCAAGUCAUUGCCAAGAAGUGGAAUAUCAAGAUUGUGUAAUUUGCAAACCUUGGUUGCUAGUCUAGACGAUGGCUCUUGUCCAGCUGAGUUGUGGGAGAUGUCUGAGUUAAGACAUCUCAUCAUGUUGGAUGCAGAUCUCAGGAUAGAAGAUGAUUACAUGAAAAAAAUUGUUCUGAAGAAGCUGCAGACGAUACGGAGUGUGAGGCUAAGUCCGUCAGUGAUUAGAAGGGGUUUCUUGGAAAGCAUUCCAAAUAUAAAAAGCUUGGGAAUCCGGUAUGAUCUAGAAGGCUCAUCAGGGAUGAGUGAAGUAGUUGAUCUGAGUCAUCUUCACAAACUCCAAACAUUAAUCUGGAGUUCAUUAGGGGAUCAAUAUCUACACGUACCCAAAUUUCCAUCUACUCUUAGAGAAUUAAGUCUGGAGUUUUGUGUAAUUACUCCGGCAGCGACGACGGCUCUGUGUGCACUACCGAAUCUGGAAGUGCUCAACAUAGUGAGAUGUAGCUUCGAAAGCAAUGAGACAGAAGAAGAAGAAGAAGAAGAAGCAAAUGAAGAGUGGGAAAUAGCAGAAGGAGAUGAAUUCAGGUCAUUGCAGUCUCUACAACUCGAAGAAUGUUAUGGACUGGUGCGUUGGAGAGCUGAUGAAACCAACUUCCCUAGACUUCAGCAUCUCAUUAUAGAAGGUUGUGAUGCGCUAGAGGAAAUCCCCGCCGGCAUUGGAGAAAUCCCAACCCUCCAAUUAAUCCACUUAGCUUAUUGCAGCCCUUCUGCAGAGGCCUCAGCGAAACAAAUUCAGGAGGAGCAGCAAUUUGAAUACGAAAACUACCAACUCCAACUUCGUAUCUCAAACUCCUAAAGAGCACAUAAAGAGGAAGAGAAAAGAAAGGAAGAUGAAGAUUGUUUUUCUUAUUGGAUUGUUUUUUCCUCUUUUGUUUCGUGUUGCUUGACAGUAGUAAAGUUGGCAUGCAUGAUAUUUAGCCGCCGCAUUUAGGCUGCCUUUGUGCAAAAUCUGGUUUGAUUUUAAAUUAGUUAAGUCUCUGAUAUUUUUGAAGAGAAGCAACUCUAGUAAUAGCAUUCUCAAUCAAUUCAUACCUUCAACAUAUAAAUAAAUAGAUCAAAA